AUGCCAGGCCAGGACGAAGUGAAAGUGACGGCCUCGGCGCUGGGAAAGCAAGAGGCGGAGAGAGAGGCUUGCCUGCUCCUGAUCGCAAAGCUCAAGGAAACUGGAAGUUGGGAAACGUUUUCCUCGCCUAGCUCUUCCCAACCUCAAACUGAGGUCGUCAUCAAUGAUGACCUACAUUUCAACAUUCAACAUGCGUCGAGAAAGCUUCGCAAAUUAGCAAGGAUCACAGACUCAUUUUUGGACAGAGAGACCCCGGAGAUCUCGCCUCCGGAGACCUUACCUCCAGAGAGACAGAGCAUUACAGUGUCAAAUGUCUAUCGAAAGAGGAGAUCCAUGGUCUUGGCUCGGGACCUGAAACACAUUCGCGAGUCUCGCGGUCAGCGCGCAAGUAUUCUUCAAUCGAUGAGGGCUGGCUUGCCGGUGAACACUCUCAAACAACAAAUCUUGGACCUCGUCAAUAACCACACGUACAGCCUGAUUGUUGCUGAGACUGGUUCUGGAAAGUCAACUCAGGUUCCUCAAAUAAUUUUGGACGAUGCAAUCGACCAGAGAGCCGGAGGGCAUUGCAAUGUUCUCUGCGUCCAACCAAGGCGGGUAGCAGCGCAGUUUCUCGCACGGCGAGUAGCCCACGAAAGACUUGACCAGUCCGGCAAAACCGUUGGUCAUAUGGUCCGAUUCGAUUAUCAAAUACCAGCCAAGUGCGGCGCUAUCACCUACUGCACCACUGGCGUGAUGUUGAAUAUGCUGCAAAACCCAACCGACCCCCUCACCUUGUACUCUCACAUCAUCCUCGAUGAAGUUCAUGUUCGCGACAUUGGAAUUGACUUCGUGAUGCUACUCUUGAAGCGCCGCAUUGAUCAAUUACGGCUAACCGGGGCCCCUGCACCUAAGGUUGUUGUUAUGAGCGCAACGUUGGACGUCGACCUCUUUACGUCUUAUUUUCGCAAUGAAGGGCCAGAUGGGACACUACUUCCCGCUCCACACAUUUCCAUUCCGGGGCGUCAAUACCAUGUCCAACGGAAUUACCUCGACGAAUUGCUUGAAACUUUGAAGACCUCACCUAAUCCAGAAGCAUUUGGGGCUUUGCUGAAAGAAGGUGAUACUGCGAAGUUCCUUAAAAAUCACUACAAACGGUUUCCUCCGCCUAAUAUCGCCGAGGACCCUACAGAAACUGCCCUGGAUGCCACCACCGACGAUCUGAGCAAGGAUCAUUCUCCUAAUCCGACUGCUGCGAAGACCCACGAUGAAGAUCCAAUCAUUCCCCUUGGAUUAAUUUGCGCAACUAUUUUCCACAUCCUUAAAACCACCAAAGGCGGUGCGAUCCUGGUCUUCCUCCCAGGCAUGCAACAGCUUCUUUCUGUGGAGGGAAUGCUGAAUAAUUUUGCAGGCAAAAUGGAGCUCAACUUCCAAGAUGAAAACCUGUUUCGCAUCCUGAAAUUACAUUCUGAACUCCCGGAGGAACUUCAAAAAUUGCCUCUCAAGGUGCCGCAUGGCUGUCGGAGAAUCUUGUUGUCAACGGACAUUUCCGAGGCCUCUCUCACGAUCCCGGAUGUCGAGUAUGUAGUCGACUCCGGGAGAGUGAAUCAACUGAUUUCCGAUCAAUGGACACUUUCCAACCGAAUGGCUCUGUGCUGGAUCAGUCAGUCUAGUUCCUCUCAACGGGCAGGUCGAGCAGGCAGAGUCAAGAAUGGACAGUAUUACUUCAUCGGCACUCAACAACGCUACAAUUCUCUCCGAGUCACCAAUGCUCCUGAGAUUUUGCGCACUGAUAUUCAAGAUGCGUGCCUGCGUGCAAAGCACAUCGACCCGGAAUUGACCAUCUCCGAGUUUUUCAAGGGAGCUCUUGAGCCACCAGGCGAUGAUAAGGUCGACUUUGCCGUCCAGUAUCUGGAGAGAAUGUCAGCAAUAAAUCUCAAAGGGGGCGAAAGGAUCACCCAUUUGGGUCAACACCUCCUCCAGCUACCUCUUCAUCCGCUCCUUGGCAAGCUGGUACUCUUGGGCAUGAUCUUCCGUUGCCUGGAUCCCUUGCUGAUCUUAGCGGUGAUCGGUCUGGACGGAGAUCUGUUUCAACGGUCCAAGACUGAAGCCCAACAAAUGCCGUUCCGGAAUCGUCGCCAUGCUUUUGCCAAAGGUUCUGCUAGCGAUCAGAUCAGCACUAUCAAUGCGUUCAAAGCUAUCCGGAAGGAAUGGCAGGAGAAUGGCCCAUCGGCGGCCGCUGACUUCGCCUAUUCAAACUACCUUUAUUUCAACGACUACCGCGAGGCCUAUCGCGCGGCUAAUCAAAUUCUUGAGCACAUGGAUCGGAGGGGGUUCAUUGACCUCUCUCGAACCACCACCGACAAGACGAAUCAUCAGUUCGGCGGCCUGGAGUACAAUACCAAUUCUGAUAAUGCCCUUCUCAUCAAAACAUUGCUACUCAAUUGCCUAUCUCCGCGAAUCGCUAACCCCAAGACCUACAAAAACGGCAACGCCUUUCAAUAUUCCACCCACUCAGAAGGUGACAAACCGACCGUUUAUGGUUUCAGCCCUAGCUGUGACGGGAAUCGCUCCGGCUCUGUGGUUGUAUACGGCAGAAAGAAACAGUUCUCACCCAACAUGAUGGUCAUUUCUGAACUUUCCCUCGUCAGUCCGCUCUCCGCGUGUCUCUUCGGAAGCAGACAAAGAAUGGACUGUGACUCGGUUCUUGUGGAGGGUUUCUUGCAAGUAAAACUCAACAUGAAAGGUGCGUCGGUUCCGGCGUCAAAAGCUGUUGCACAUGUGGUUAAUCUCCACCACCGAAUUUCCAAGGGCUUGCGCACUUAUCACAAGCUUCUCUUUACUGCAAACCGCUUGUCUGACGAUAAAGACAAUCGCUUGAUGAUCCAAAUACUCCGUGACGAAUUGUCCACUGCCUUGGUGCAGACAGUUACGGAUGUCUUGGGCCGCGAUCUCCACCGCAUUAUCCCUCCCGAGACAGUCUCGCCUCGAUGGGAAACAGUCAUUGUUGAAGGCGAAAUUAUAGCCUAG